AGGAUGCAACCAUUGCGAUCAGUGCUGCCGCUGCCAACGAUGCAAGUCCUGGUUUUACGGAUGAACCCCGGGCACGGGCACCUCCUGCGUGCCGCCGUCACCCCACAGAGGCUGCACCAUCCCCGCCUGCUCUGAUAAUUCGCCCUCAAUUCACUCCAGGAGCCGACCGAGCCCAGGCACCCGGCGGAGACCGGACUCAGGGCUUUAUGUUUACCGAGCAGAAGCUGCGAGAGGAAGCCAGAGCCAUGGGCUUCUCCUUCAGCCUUCGAUGAACUGAGCUAAAUUGGACCCACACAACUCAUCCAUCCAGUCUCUGCCUGCAGUGGGGGCCUCCCUCUCCCAAGCGCACGCUCCAGCUAUGGCAGGAUUCAAGCGGGGAUAUGAUGGCAAAAUUGCUGGCCUAUAUGACCUUGACAAGACGCUGGGCCGUGGCCACUUUGCCGUGGUGAAGCUGGCACGCCAUGUCUUCACUGGCGAGAAAGUUGCGGUGAAGGUGAUAGACAAGACGAAGCUGGACACGGUGGCCACAGGUCACCUCUUUCAGGAAGUCCGCUGCAUGAAACUGGUCCAACAUCCCAACAUCGUGCGCCUGUAUGAAGUGAUAGACACUCAGACCAAACUUUACCUCAUCUUGGAGCUAGGUGAUGGAGGCGAUAUGUUUGACUACAUCAUGAAGCAUGAGGAGGGUCUGAAUGAAGAGCUGGCCAAGAAAUAUUUUGCCCAGAUUGUCCACGCUAUCUCUUACUGCCAUCGGCUGCAUGUGGUGCACAGAGACCUCAAGCCAGAGAAUGUGGUGUUCUUCGAGAAACAAGGGCUGGUAAAGCUCACUGACUUUGGAUUCAGUAAUAAAUUUCAGCCAGGGAAGAAGCUGACAACCAGUUGUGGAUCUCUGGCAUACUCUGCACCAGAAAUACUGUUGGGCGAUGAGUAUGAUGCUCCAGCUGUAGAUAUCUGGAGUCUGGGUGUGAUCCUGUUCAUGUUGGUAUGUGGCCAGCCGCCCUUCCAGGAAGCAAACGACAGCGAGACCCUCACCAUGAUCAUGGACUGUAAAUACACUGUACCAGCUCACGUCUCCAGGGCCUGCGAAGAUCUUAUAGACCGAAUGCUUCAGCGGGAUCCCAAAGGGCGAGCAUCCCUGGAUGAAAUUGAGACCCACACCUGGCUGCAGGGGGUUGACCCAUCGCCAGCGACCAAAUACAACACUCCCCUGGUCUCCCACAAGAGCCUGUCUGAGGAGGAACACAACAGCAUCAUCCAGCGCAUGGUGCUGGGAGACAUCGCUGAUCGAGAAGCCAUAGUCGAAGCCCUGGAGACCAACAAAUACAAUCACAUCACAGCCACGUACUACCUGCUAGCAGAGAGGAUCCUGAGGGAGAAGCAGAAGGAGGUCCAGACCCGCUCAUCCAGCCCCAGCAACAUCAAGGCUCAAUUCAGGCAGUCCUGGCCCACCAGAGUAGACAUGCACCAGGACAUCGAGGACAGCUUGGCAGCGUCCUCCAUCUCCAUCGCUGGAGGCCCCCAGUCCCCAGCUCGCAGCACAGAGAGCCUGCUCAACGGACAUCGCACCAAAGGCUUGAUGGAGCUGGGCCGCCGGGAGGAGACGGUGACGGACUCACCAGGACCAUCGGCAAAGGGAGCCGGUGCUGCCGCCUCGGGUCCUUCUCUGGGCUCUGGGACCGUCAGGGCCCACAGUGCCUCCUCCUCAGCAGCAGCCAAGCAGAGGACAUGCCUCUUCAGGGUGGCGGAGGAUGAGGAGGAUGAGGAAGAGCGCGACUCGUCUCCCCGCCCGACCCAGGUGAUCCUGCGCCGCAAGCCUCCCUCCAUCACCAACCGCCUGACCUCCAGGAAGAGCGCCCCGGUGCUCAACCAGAUCUUUGAGGAGGAAGGGGAGUCGGACGACGACUUCGACAUGGACGAGGGUCUGCCGCCCAAACUCAGCCGCCUCAAGAUGAACAUGGCAGGGAACGCCAGCAGCCUGAGCUCAGCGGCCAGCUCCUCCUCAUCCCCGGGCUCCACGCAGAAGCGAUACCAGCGGCGUAAGAGCCAGGGGAGGGGGUCGUCGUGUUCCAGCUCCGAGACGAGCGACGACGACUCGGAGAGCCACCGAAGACGUCUGGACAAAGACUCGGGCUUCAGUUACGGCUGGAACAGAAGGGACAGCAGUGAGGGUCCGCCUGGCAGCUCGGGGGGGAAUGGGGGAGGAAGCAGCUCAGGGCAGGGGAAGCCUCCUGGAGAGGGAGGGGGCACCUCUGGUCCGGACCGGGGGAGUCCUCCUGGAGGGGGUGGGAACGGAGGUGGGGGAGAUGGCGGUGGGGGUGGGGGGAAUGGGGGAGGAGGAGGAGGGGGUAAUAAAGGACAAGACAGCCCCUCCAGUUGUUGUAAUAACAGUAGCACCACUAGCCCCUCCCCAAGCUCUAUGUCCCGCUCCGCCCGCACGGCGAGCCGCAGCGCCGAGCUGGUGGAGAGUCUGAAGCUGAUGAGUCUGUGCCUCAGCUCGCAGCUGCAGCACCACCGUGGAGGCCGGGGGGGGCGAGCCGGGAAGUUAAUCAUAGACCCUUGCAGUCUCUCUGGGGGGAGCGUGAAAAUCCAGGAGAAAUCAGCCUGGAGGAUGUGCAUCGGCUCCAACGGGAGCCUGGACACUAUCACUCUGCCCACCACCGCCGCCCUGCCUCGCACCCACUCCGCCCAGCACCACCACCGCAAAUCAGGGCCACACCACUCCCCCAGCUCGCAGGCCCGGCCCGCCGAUAGGAACGCUCACAGCAAUCUGAAUGCUUUGAAACGGGGCGUGCUUCAACUACCUCUGUGCGAGAAGACCAUCUCUGUGAACAUCCAGCGCGGCAGAGGCUCCAGGGACGGUCUGCUCUGUUCCUCAGCUCCGGCCACCUGCUGCCAGGUCAUCUGAGGCUGGGAGCUCAGAACCGACCUUCUCCCUCCUGGAUGACAUGCCGCUCAGCCCCCCCCCCCUCCUCUUUUCUGACCUCCUCCUCUUGUUCAGAUCAGUCACUGCUCCUCAUUCUAACCGUGUUGUCCUGUGUUUGGCUGUAGCAGGUAGCUGAGCUCACAUCUUCUGCUGUCGUCUCAGAGCUCUCUCUCUCUCUCUCUCUCUCUCUCUCUCCACCUCUCCUCUGUCACUUUGAUCUGUUCCAUGUCGUGUCCGAGGUUCACGUUGCUUUUAACUUGUAUUGUUUUCAUUUUUAUCUUUGUUCUAUGUCUCCAGUUGCUUUUCAGAGCAGUGGCACCAACAUUCUUUUAAUUCUUUUUAACAAUAUGCUGCUUUUAGAACAUUUUACAAUUUGGAGGGUUUGAUUGAGCUGGGGGGGGCAUUGGCUAAAGUUCUGUAUUGAACCAAAUAAAAAAGAAAACAAAUUCCAGAUUAGAAGUAACGUGUAGUUUCAUCCCCCAAAAAUCGAAAAUACCAAAAUUAUUUUUAGAGGAAAUGUCCCAUCUAUAUCAGAAUGAAGUCGUACUGUAAAAAUUAUUUGUAACAUUUCAAGAUGAAGUCAUAUUGUAGAAAGAAAUAUCAAUAUAACAAAAGGUUUUGCUAUCUUAAGAUAAUGUUUGACAUGGAGAAAAUAUAUUUUACGAGUGCAGACUAAUACUCCUGUCCCCCCCACCACUGUCACUGCUGCAGCCUGUAGUCAGCAGAAGGUGUCACAGUGCUCAGUGGUUAUCAACACCCCCCCUCCCUCCCCCUCCAUCUUUGCUCUCUGAGUGUUGUCGGCAGCUUUAGAUUUCUUUGAGCGAUGGUUUGAAUGGGAGUGACCUCUCACCCCAGUCUGGACGCCACAUUGCACCCAGACAAUCUGUUUUUAUGUAGUUUUUAUUUGUAUUUUACUCGUGAUUAUUUUUAGCUCCAUUCGUUCACUCGACCUCCGACAAAGUGUUGGUCACAACCCUUUAAAUCUGGACGUGUCUGAAUCGAGGAAACAGCUCAGCCGAGAAACAGGUGGUUUUUAAAAGUGCGCGACUCCUCUGUGGUUGAGAGCGUAGCAGCAAGGCUCUCGCUCGCCACGGAUGGAAACGUUCCUGCUGUCCGUCUAUUUAAUGAGGUAUUAUUUUUUUAUUCAGGGCGUUGUGUUGCUGUCGUUGCUGACACAGACCAUUGGUCGUGUCUGACUCUGUAUUAGUUUGAUUUCAUGUACGCUGCCAUCUUUUAGUCCCGGCUGCACUCGCCUGCCUCCCCGAGCUCAGUGCACGUGUGGACGCAGCGCAUCGACUCGUGUGUUGAGUAUGUAGAUACAGUAAAGUUUAUUUUUUAAAACGUGUACUUUUUCUUUUCUUUUUUUUGGAGUGAUCUGCUGAUUUUCGAUGUUGACGGGAGCUUGUGAGAAGUAAAUCAGCAGCAGGAGAAGCUCAUGACUCGCAGCUUCACAGGAGCUCACCAAGACGUGAACAAACGACAGAACGGGGAAACGGGGAGAUUCUUUAAGGGCAUUGGCAAUAAGCUAUACUGUGUGUUGCAGCUAUCUGUACAGGAACAUUUUUAUGAGUUUCUUUGUGUUUUAUUCCAGACUUGUGCUGCCUCACAACGGCUGCAUUGGGCCGAAAAGGCAAAAGGGAGUUUUAAAAGAUUUUAAGUGUGUGUUUUCCUCUUUUUUUUUUUCCCUUCUUUGUUUUUGAAAACAAAAUGUACAUAGAGUUGUAAAUAUGGUGCUCUUUCUCUAUAUCUAGAACAGCAGAGUGAGCCUUUUGGUGCAUAGCUGUACAGUCAUCUAGCCUUAUGAUAAUUAGUACUACUGUAUGGGUGUCUCAGCUAAAAAUAAAGCCGUGUGAGAAAAACCAUGAUUCUAUUCAUACUGUCGGGUCUCUGACUGUCGUCUUACUCAGCUGUAUCCAGGUGAAUGACGUGCAUGUGUUUCAAUGUUUGACAUUCAGUGACACUGAGAACAGAGCGAGUCAGUCACAGGAAUGUAACUGGACCAAAAAGCAGAAAAAGAAAAAAACCGUCUGAGUUGGAACUGACAGGAAUAUUCAGUGUAUAAUUCUGUAGUUGACCUGUUGUCACUUGUCAGAUGUUACAUAUAGCUAUGGUAAUAUCCAAAAAUAAAAUGUGGAGUACUGUCUCAUC